UGACAAACAAUUUAACUUGUAGAAAUAUCAAACAAAACAGAAAUUCUUUGUAAUUGUCGCUUUCGAUGGCUAAUUUGGGAGCUAAUUUGGAGUACAUUUGGGAGCGAUCGGUGAAAGUGUUUCCCAUUUUGGAAAACAGUUUGCAAGAAUCGAGUGAUGUUUCGGAAACCGAUUUGAGAUUCAUUAUCGAUGAAUGGGUGCGAUUGGAUAUUGCGGAAAAUAUCUACGAAACAAUUUGGUUAAACAUCGAUUUUCUGCUGCGUCAUCAGAUCGUGCCAAAGUUUUGGAAAUACUUCAGUUCGGACAAUGACACCGAAAAUGGUUUCUAUCAGUUUCAGCUGAGCAUUUAUGAAUUGCAUCAGGAAUAUCAAAAGUUUCAACGCAUUUUGGACCGAGUUCGUCCGAUGAAAACAUUGUGCCGAUUCAGCAAUCCAGUUUAUCGUGACCGACACGAGCUUGAAGUAUUCAAAAACAUGCUGAAAAUCGACUUACUCUCACAAUUGCCGGCCAAUUUCACCAAAAUUGUUCACUCAUUCUACCAUGUUUCAUUCACGGUCUUUGCAAACAGUCAUCAGGACAGUGAUGUCGAAAUGAUGGAUGAAGUCAAAUGCAAUGGCUGUAACAAAGAAACGGAUAACUGUCGAUGUCAAGAGCUAGUCGUUGGUUUCAACAAAACCAAUCAGUACCUGUACGAUAUGGAUCUACUGGAUCGAUUGGCUGGCUUUACACUUACGAAUCUCAUACAAGAGCGUAUCGAUACUCACGUACAAGAUACUUGCAAAGGAAUCUUGGACACGUCACAUGUGGAUGGCCUGUUGCAGUGGCUCGACACCGUGGUAAUUAGCUGGUUGACUCGCAUCUAUAACCAGGGAUCACUGAAAAUCGAAGUACACAAUGCUCGUGUCAGAGAUGUGUUGAAAGAAUUUCGCGUUAAGCUGGAGUAUUAUUUAUACGAAACAUAUGCACACAUUAUCAUAGACCAAUUUUUCACCGUCAUUAUAGAUUUCCCUGACUCAAAACCGGCCAUUGACGAUUUAAAAAUUUGCCUGGAGAAGAUUGACUUGCGUGUUUAUCUGGUAAAGUCAUUGAAAGAUGUGUUGGAGAAGCGUCUCUUGCAUCCCGGUGUUAAUACGAGAGACAUUUUGACUGGCUAUGUGGCUGCGAUUAAGACUAUUCGGCAUUUAGAUAGCACUGGCGUGUUGCUGGAAACGAUAACCGAACCGGUGAAACAGUACAUGCGAUCACGACAGGACACCGUUCGAUGUGUUGCAUCAGCCCUCACCGACGAUGGCCCAACUGACUUGGCCGAGGAGUUGGCACGAAGUGAAGCAUAUGUCGAAAAUCUUUCCAACCAAAAUGAAGACUGGGAAAAUUGGAUGCCGGAUCCAAUCGAUGCAAGUACCAAAAAUCAAAAACCAACCAGCCGAUCAGCUGACAUCAUUUCCAUGGUUGUCGAUAUUUAUGGCAGCAAAGAGGUAUUUGUCAAUGAAUACAGAAGUUUGCUGGCCGAUCGACUGCUGUCGCAGCUUGACUUCAAUCCAGGCCGUGAGAUACGCAAUUUGGAACUUCUCAAGUUACGUUUCGAUGAAACAAUGCUGCACACGUGCCAGGUCAUGCUGAAAGAUAUUACCGAUUCAAAGCGAAUCAAUUCUCACAUUCAAACUACGAUUCAGACGCCGGAAAAUGUUGAAAUGUUCCCACUGUCUUCGCUGAUUUUGUCGUCCCAAUUUUGGCCAUCGUUCAAGAAUGACACAAUCGAAUUACCGGAAGAGUUGAAGAAAGUCUUUGACUGCUAUACUAAAUCAUAUGAGGCGUACAAAGGGAAUCGAACACUAUUUUGGCGACCAUUCAUUGGUCGAGUUGAGCUUGAAAUCGAAGUCGGCAAUAAGAAGUUGGACUUAUCUGUCUCACCCAUUCAUGCGGUUAUCAUUUAUGAGUUCCAGAAACAGAGUUCGUGGCGCUUAGAAGACCUAAGUCAAAAGAUUCAAGUACCUGCAUCGGUGGUGCGUAAAAAGAUUGCAUAUUGGCAAGCACAAGGGCUAAUCGAAGAGACUUCCAGCGACAACUUCACUCUGAUUGAAAACAUUGAACAACACACGCGACAAGAUUCAGAACAAGUGGACGAUGACGAGAAUGAGAGUGCAAUGGCAUCUGCAAAUGAUCAGCGUGAAGAGGAAUUGCAAGUAUUUUGGUCUUACAUUGUGGGCAUGUUGACGAAUUUAAAUUCCAUGCCGCUGGAGCGGAUUCAUCAAAUGUUGCGAAUGUUUGCAUCGCAUGGGCCGGGCGUUGAAUUCUCACAAGAAGAAUUGAAAAAUUUCUUACAGCGCAAAGUUCGAGAGCAUGCACUGAUCUUUGCUGCUGGUGUUUAUCAGUUGCCAAAAUAAAAUACCAUCGAUUCCAUUUCCAGUAGCAUGGCACACAAUGCCGAUGUUAAAUAAAUGUUAAACAUUUUGAUAUUAAUUUUAAGUACUUUGUGCGAAAUAAGUCGAAUAAACGUCUACAUUGUUUCUUUGUACAGAAAAAAAUGAUUACAAUCGUGUUUGGUCAACAUUUUGCUUGAGAAAAUAAUUAUUAUUCACAUCAAAAGCGUUGCCUACAUUCAAAUUGA